GGCGUGUGUGGGCGUGGCCCGGCCGCGCCUGCGCAGUGCGCGGUGACCCUGGGGCGGCCGGGAAAGAUGGCGGCGGCAGCCGGGCUCGUCUUGAAGGUGCGGCAGCUGAGUACGACGGCGGCGAGACCGGCGUCCAAGCUGGUCAAGCCGCCCAUCCAGGUGUACGGGCUGGAAGGGCGCUAUGCCACCGCCCUCUACUCGGCAGCCAGCAAGGAGAAGAAACUGGAGCAGGUGGAGAAGGAGCUGACCCGGGUGUGGAGCCUCCUGAAGGACCCCAAGCUGUCCAGCGUGGUGAUGAACCCUCACACCAAGAGCUCAGUGAAACAGAAAGCUGUGAAUGACGCCCUGGCAAGAGAGAAGAUGUCCCCAGUCACCGUCAACCUGAUGAAUCUGCUGGCCGAGAACGGCCGCCUGCGUUACACCCCGGGCAUCGUCGCCGCCUUCGGGAAGAUCAUGAGCGCCUUCCGAGGGGAGGUGGUGUGCACGGUCACCACGGCUCAGCCUUUGGACGAGGCCAGCCUCACUGAGCUGAAAAGUGCUCUGAACGGGUUCUUGGCUAAAGGAGAGGUGUUGAAGCUGGAGACCAAGACUGAUCCGUCGAUCCUUGGUGGGAUGAUUGUCAACAUUGGGGAGAGGUACGUGGACAUGUCAACGAGAUCCAAGAUCCAGAAACUCACCAAAAUCAUGAGAGAGGCUGUCUAGAGAGCUGUCCUGCUCAUUCCCAGGGAAACCCGUACAUGGAAACAAUAAAAUCCUUCCUUCUUGUGGA